GAAAGAAAGAGAGAGAGAGAGAGAGAGAGAGAGAGAGAGAGAGAGAGAGAGACUGUCUUGUUGCUUCCGGCUUCAAACACACAGACAAACAGCGCUUUACUACGAGCAGAGAAGUGUCGAGCAACACGCAUGACAACAGAAACCUCCCCUAAAACUAUUUAUCCUGAGAGCAAACUGUGACAGGAUUUCUUUGGUCGGUCCGAAAUGCUUUGAAGUUUUCCUGAAAUAAUCAAAAAGAGAAAGAAGAACCUGCUCGUGGAAGAGAAAGACAUUUUGAAAAUCUUCUUCUGUGGAGGAGGAGGAUUUUGGUGAGAAUGUGAAGAAGCUAAAACGAACCGGCGGCAGCGUCGAACAAGUUCGUUUAUGGAAGAAAACAAAAACACACAAGAGGAGUCGAGAAGUUAUUUCGAUGCACAAGGAGCCGUAACUCUGUGUGUUUUGUGAGCGUUUCGAGUGUCAGACAGAGAAGUAUCCUCGGGUUAAUGUUGUUGGUGUCUGGCUGUAAUAUUACUGAGACCACUAAUAGUGUCCCGGAGAAGCCGUGGAGGGGACGGGACCGCGCUGAGGGGUGGGUGCAGAUUUUUUUGCAGUGUGGAGCUACUGUUACUGACUGAAUGCAGAGGAAACACUGAGAGCUGUUCUCCGGACCUCCCUGCAGCUUCAGGGGAGAUUGUCAGAUGUGUACCCAGCACUCAAAGCCCCUGGCCUGGCCGCGGGGAUGGCAGCCUCUGCCCUGAACCUGAACAGCCUCGGAGUCAUGAACAGCAGUAAUCAGUUUCACACUCAGUCAGGCUCCUCUAGUACCACCUCCCGAGCUAGAACCAGCCCAGUCGCCCGACCUGUGCUGCCGGUUCCAGAUCGAAGCACCUACUGCCAGUUACUGGGUGGGGGAGCGUUGGGUGGAGGUCUUUACAGCCCAACCAGUCCUAAGACGAGCCCCCGAUCCCUUGGUCGAACCUUUGUCUUCCCCCCUUCAUCCUCGCUCUGUACCAGCCCCACCCCUCGUGCCCGUUCCCCCUCCCCGCGAAGCCCGGAGCUUCUAGGAGUCAAUGUGGGCCAGCGAGUCCGACGCCUGAGCUCACCCGGCGGUGAAGAGAGAGGGGAAGGAGACGGUCAGGAGGAGAGGGGAGGAGAGACGGGAGGGGGAGAGAGGAGAGAGGAGAGGAGACGCCAGGCACAGCUGCUGCAAAUUCACAGAGAGCUGCAGAACGUUGAGGUCAGGGGAAAAGUGGGCAUUUUUGAGGCCCACAUUUCCGGGAUUCGUGCCCAGGUGCUUAACAGUGAGCUCCAGCGCAGCCCUCGAUCUCCAAGACGAUCAACUAGCCAAACACCCUCCCAUCCCAGCCAAGGAAACACAGCUAUUAAAUGCCCAAUGACCCACCCACAAGAGAGUCAAGUUCUCUCUGUUGUCCAAAACGGGAGAGAAAUGGGGGAAGAAAUAACAGCAGGAGAGAGGAGAGGAGGAGCAACGAACGAAGGCGAGAGGGAUAGCAGUGCUACUAAAAUGAACACAGAGAAUAAGACACUGAUUGGUCAAAAUGGCCGCCAUUCGGAAACAACAAUGCAGACCCCCUGUUUAGAUGGGCUGUUAGUUGUUCAGGGUUCCCUUGGGGCAUUAAACCCAGAUGCAACAACAUACAGAGAGAAAAAAGAUGGAGAAAGACUGAGAGUAAAGGAGGUAGAAAACAAAGAAAUGCUGGAGGAAUGGACAGAGAGAGAAGUGAGAGAUGAGAAAGAGGACCAGUUGUGUCCUGAGAUGCUGCUCCAUACAGAGGCAAACAGGUUGGAGGUUAACCCAGAAACCCCUGCUUUUUGUUGGGCACAAAGCAGCGAGAGCUCCCCUUGUUUGCUGGACAUCACCGAUCACACAUCCAACCACUCUCCCUCCAUCCCUCCCUCCAUCCCUGCAGUCAUAAUAACUGACCACGGAUUGGAAAGCCAGCCUCAAACUUCAGAAGGCCCCAGCUCAGACCAGGGACUAUGCUAUACCUCUAGCCCUAGUUCUAGCCCUGUCCCUGGGACAAAUCCGUCCACACGCUCCCUCAGGAAGCUGUCGUCCUCCUCCACGUCCUCGGCUGGUUUCUCCUCAUCUUGGGAAGAGUCUGAAGAGGAUAUUUCCAGUGAUACGGAGAAAGGGGAGCAGCUUCUCAACCCUGCGCUUCUCAGUUCUCAACAGAAAGCACACAAGUCUUGGAAGAAGAUCAAGAACAUGGUCCACUGGUCUCCGUUUGUGAUGUCCUUCAAGAAGAAAUAUCCCUGGAUACAACUGGCUGGGCACGCAGGGAGCUUCAAGGCGGGAGCCAACGGACGCAUUUUAAAAAAACACUGUGAAUGUGAGCAGCGCUGCUUGUCCCUCUUGAUGAGGGAUGUGCUGCGCCCGUAUGUGCCUGGUUACCACGGAGACGUAGAGAAGGACGGCCAGAAAUACAACCAGAUGGAGGAUCUGCUGGCUGAGUUCGACUUUCCGUGUGUGAUGGACUGUAAAAUGGGAGUAAGGACCUACCUUGAGGAAGAGCUGACCAAGGCUCGGAAGAAGCCUUCACCGAGGCCUGACAUGUAUCAGAAAAUGAUUGAGGUCGAUCCUCAGGCACCUACAUUAGAGGAAAACGACCAGAAAGCAGUGACCAAACCCAGAUACAUGCAGUGGAGAGAAACCAUAAGCUCAACAGCCACCUUGGGAUUUCGGAUAGAGGGAGUCAAGAAGGAAGACGGGACAGUGAACAGAGAUUUUAAGAAGACGAAGACGAGAGAGCAAGUUACUGCGGCCUUUCACGACUUUGUCAAAGGAAAUAAGGACAUACUGAACGGUUAUCUAACCAGGCUGAAGGAAAUCAGAGACACUCUGGAGAUCUCCCCAUUCUUCAAAACCCACGAGGUGAUUGGCAGCUCCUUGUUAUUUGUUCAUGACGGCAAGGGACGGGCCAAAGUCUGGAUGAUUGACUUUGGGAAAACCACGCCUCUUCCUGACGGGGAGGAACUAACCCACAGAGAGUCGUGGGUAGAGGGCAACAGAGAAGAUGGCUAUCUUUGUGGACUUGAUAGUUUGGUGGGCAUCAUUUCAUCCAUGGUGAACUCUGAGACUUGAAGUCUGAAGUGA